AGAAGUUGGCCGACGAGCUACAAGAGUUAUCUGCUGCAAACGGAGUCCACGAGACGUUUGAAGACAGCUCCUCCCCCCGCAAAAGCCCUCAAGUCGUCUACAGCACCUGGGGCGAACGAGACAAAGCGGCUUAUUUCUUUUGGUUUUUGGUGUGUUUGGGAGCUUUUUGCUUGGCGGUUUACGCGCUGUGUCGCUGCUGCCGCGGCGCUGCUGCUCUGGGAUCGUCUCCCGUGGGAUCGUCUCCCCUGGGAUCGUCUCCCCUGGGAUCGUCUCCCCUGGGAUCGUCUCCCCUGGGAUCGUCUCCACCCCACAGUGCACUUCUCGAGGCCCAGCGAAGGGCCCACGAGGCCCGCCUCGCCGUCUGGGAGGCAGCAGUUGGCAGCAGCGACGAGGAGCUCCCCGACAAGCAGCAGCCCCGCCCCACAGAGGAGACCCAAGCUGCUGCUGCCGAGGGGCCCCACACCGAGCCUUCGGGUGUAUCUACAGCUGAGCAGCAGCGCCCCCGGGGCCCCAACAGCCCUUAUGCUUUGCUUUCCAAGGAGGCCCCAGCUAGCUAG